CUCAGAUAACAAAUUUUUGACAUUGGGAGUUACUUCCGGAAGGAAACUAAACAAUUUCAUCGUCUAAUGUAAAUACCUUGGUAAAUCCAUCGCAAUCUGCAAUGGACAGCCAAGGUAGAAGAGUGAUUGUCUGUGACAAUGGUACAGGGUUUGUGAAAGUAGGAGAUGCUGGUUCUAACUUCCCCUCUCACAUUUUCCCCUCAUUGGUUGGAAGGCCAAUUAUCAGGUCUGCUGUCAAGGUCAAUGAUGUGGAAAUCAAGGAUAUUAUGAUUGGUGAUGAAGCCAGCCAGCUUCGCUCCAUGUUGGAAGUGAACUAUCCAAUGGAAAAUGGCAUUGUGCGAAACUGGGAUGAUAUGCAGAUCCUUUAUGACUAUACAUUUGGCCCUGAGAAAAUGAAGCUUGACACCAGAAACACCAAAGUACUCCUUACAGAACCUCCCUUGAAUCCUACAAGGAACAGAGAAAAAAUGAUAGAAGUGAUGUUUGAGAAGUAUCAGUUUGCUGGUGUCUAUGUUGGAAUUCAAGCAGUUCUUACACUCUAUGCUCAAGGUUUGAUCACUGGCGUGGUGGUAGACUCUGGUGACGGAGUGACCCAUAUAUGUCCCGUGUAUGAGGGAUUUGCUCUUCCCCAUCUAACACGUCGUCUAGACAUCGCCGGCAGGGACAUCACCAAGUACCUUAUUAAGCUGUUGUUGCUACGAGGUUAUGCCUUCAACCACUCCGCCGAUUUCGAGACUGUGCGUAUCAUGAAGGAGAAACUAUGCUACGUUGGCUAUGAUAUUGAGCAGGAGCAGAAACUUGCUCUGGAAACUACUGUCCUUGUAGAAACAUAUACUUUACCAGAUGGUCGUGUCAUCAAGGUUGGAGGAGAGCGGUUUGAAGCCCCGGAGGCUCUUUUCCAGCCCCACCUGAUCAACGUGGAGGGUGACGGGGUGGCAGAGAUGCUCUUCAAGGCCAUUCAGGCAGCUGACAUCGACACUCGACCUGAGUUUUACAAGCAUAUUGUGUUGUCAGGCGGCAGCACUAUGUACCCUGGGCUCCCUAGUAGAUUGGAGCGGGAGUUAAAACAGCUUUACCUUGAGCGAAUACUUAAAGGAGACACUGAGAAACUAAGUAAAUUCAAGAUCCGCAUAGAAGACCCGCCACGGCGAAAACACAUGGUGUUCCUUGGUGGAGCCGUAUUGGCCGAUAUAAUGAAGGAUAAGCCUGACUUCUGGAUGACACGAGAGGAAUACGAGGAGAAGGGGGUUGGGGUGCUCCAGAAACUGCUUGGCCCCGUCAAGUGAUUUAUAACACAUUCUUAGGGACCACUUGCUAUGAUAAUUGACUUGUAGGACUUUUUUUAUUUUCAUCAUGAACAAAAUUGAUAUUGCAAUACAUUUUUUUCCCGUAAUUUAAAGUUUUAUACAUGUAUCUUUUUUUUGUGGCUUUGUUUGAAUUGUGUCCUGUAAUGUUAUUACGUGCUUUAUGUUUCGCCUCUAGUAUUAAAAAGGUUUGGUAAAGGAUACUGAAAGACUAUUUUACGUUGCUAAUCCAAUGUCUCGAUAGACUGUUACUGUAUUUUACAACAUCUGUUACUGUGGUUAACCACUAAAUGUUGAGUAUUGCAGCUAUAUGUGAUUUCAAAUACAUUUCAAUUACAUGUUAGUUCCACUGUUGGUAUCAGAAUUAUUUUACUGACAUUUUGUGCCAAUGCAAAGUACCGUCUCCUCUUCUGCUUAUGAUACAUUUUUUUACCUAUCAUUGCUUAACAAAUACAUGUAGGGUUAUUCUUGCCUGUUUAAUGAAAAAAAUUGUUAUUCAUAUUUGAAGGUAAUGUGUUCGAUUAGAGUAUUAGUCUUGCUUGGAAAGCUGUUUGGAUCCACUGCUUUUUAACUACGCAUGACCAACAUUAAAAGAAAUUGAUAAAAACAAUAACUGAGAGUGGAUCUGGUAUAAGAUUUGCCUGAUGAGUUGCUUAAGUGAUGUUGAAUUACACAUCUAUAUUAUACAAAAUGUAAUACACAUGCUGGGCUGUUGAAUGGUAUGUUUAAAUACUUAUUAUUAUGAAAUGUUCAACUUUGUGGUCAUUUAACAACAUUUCUUUGCCAAAAUACUUUGCCUUUUAGUGACAUAUUGCUUUAUUAUUAGCUCUUCCGACUCUACAAGUUGUCAAAGUCGUCAAAUAUCAUAUGAAACUUGGUACACAUGUUACAAGUGACAAAGCAUGUUGUUAUAGUAACUUCAAUGAACAUUAUUUAUUUAUUAAAGAUAAUCACAUGAAACUUAGUCGACAUGUUACCAAUGACAAAAUGCCCAUGUGUAUUAAAUCACACAAUUCCGACAAAGCUGCUUUAAUAAAAGUGGAGUUAUGCCCCCUGUUUAUCGACUGAAAAAAAACGGACAAGCAUUGGCAUCUGCUUGUGGUGCCCUUGGUGUUCUAUCAUUCCUACUCAGACAUACACUGAGAACAUUUCUACCAUAGCAGUUAAUGUGUUGUUAUGAAAGACAUCAUACAAAAACUUUGUGGAGAACGGAACCACCAACCAUACAGUGGUACUGUUGCACUUUCAAACGGUGAAACUUGAGAAAGGCGUCAUAUAAAUGAUGUCACUAUUCAUGCAUCUUGUUGCUGUAUAUAUACGAUAACUAUUAUUAUGUAAAAAUAAAUAUAUUUAAUUAACA